AUGGCCCCACAAUCCACAGAUAAGACUCAACUAAAGCAAUACUUCAAGCAUCUUGUCGGAAAUUCAACUGUUAUGCAUGCACUUCAGAUAGGAGCAGAUAUUGAGAAGGAUCUUCUCGCUUUUGGAGAUAAACCAGGCCUUGCAAAUUCUGUCAGCCAUCUGAAGUCCCUAACCACCAAGAAUGCUGGAUUGGUGCCAGGAUCUCUCCACCAAGCUCUGGAAGUAUAUUUCCUUCAGUGCUGCAGGAGGAAGAAUGCAGCUCGCUCUGAGAAAAGAACUAUUGCAAAGGUCCUGGGCCUUCAUGCCACCCCACUAUCGGCCAAGUCUCUUGCAGACACUGGCACAGUCAGGAUGGUCACCCGUGACUGUUCUGCUAAAACCAGCUAUAAAUGGGGUACACUUUUAGUGGACCGUGGCAAUGAGGAUUUGGUUGGUAGUGGGGAUACUGCCCUUUCUGUUCCUGAGGACGACUCGUGGUAUGUGAUCGAACCAGAUGAAAGCAUCAUUUUUGUCGAUUCUGAGGGAUCUGUUACACUCGCUGUACUCUGUGGCAAGUGCGGCCAGCGUCCUGACCUGUUGUCUUAUGUCAAUGAUAUCAUCGAUGAGGCUGUCAAUGACCGCAAGGGGGUCAGGCCUACCCAUGGGGGGGAGCUGAUUCAGUUUGGCUGGAAUGCUGGUCCUCGUCAUGCACGUGUUUUUGGUCUGGUGAACAACCUUACCAAUAAGAAGAGGCUGUCCAUGACUACGAGGCAGCAGAAGGGCUCCUGUGCUUUAGGAAUUCUGGCUUUGAGCUGGAACUUGCUGGUCGCUAGUCUCCCUGCUGAGGUCAGUACAUCAUGUAUCGAGGCAAUUGACGAGGCAGGUUUGCCUCCUAUGACAAUCCAAGGCGAUGACAUGGACUUUGGGUAUACCCUAGACUUACCUGGUGGUCCUCUCUGCUUUUCGACAGCUGAGCGGGCUCCCUCUGAGGCAUAUAUGUCCCAAAAUUAUGACCCCAUUCACACGGACCAACUCUAUGCCCCUUAUGCGAUGAACUGGGUUACUCUUCAUGCUAUCAUGGAUCGAGAGCAAUGCCAGCUUCAUGGUGGUUGUAGUUCUGGUGGAAAUUAUGUGGAUGUCUCCCUCAAGGUAGUGGUGAAAUGUGCAACUGACACAGUCAUGAGUAUGCAACCCUGUUUCCAGCAUGGUACCACCCUCGCUCGAGAUGGUGUCUGCAGACAAGGAACUGCCAUCAAUUUUUCAAGGCACAUCAAACAAGCAUUUGAUGAGGCAAUUGCAAUUGAAGGUGAUGUCAAGGUGAUGGUUAGUCGACUUGUAGAGGCAGAAGAGUGA